AUGGCCCCCAUUGCAGAAGUCGCCCCGAUGGGCACCCAGCUGUCUUCGCUGGAGAAGACUGUGUCGCCGAAAGAGGCUCUAGAGCAGACGAUUCGUGCGGCGGACAUGGUCCCCUUGUGGAAUACUGGAGCUCCACCAACCUCGCCGGCGCCGCAUACGAAGCAUAUCCCAGCCGUCUGGAGGUAUGCCGACUCCAAGAGCCUGCUGUUGAAGGCCGCCGAGGUCGUCGACCCCAGGGAGGCUGAGAGAAGAGCCGUCCUCUUCAUCAACCCAGGACCCAAGUCGAGUCCACACACCAGUGAUGUGCUUCUAGCCGCCCAUCAACUCAUUCUCCCGGGCGAGCAGGCUUUGUGUCACAGACAUACGCCGUUCGCGGUUCGGUUCCUGAUCGAAGGCGAACAGGGAUACACCGCCAUCUCGGGCAAGAAGAUGUACAUGGGUCCUGGAGACCUGAUCAUCACACCGACAUGGAACUGGCAUGAUCACGGCAACGAAGGGACCAAGAAUGUCAUCUGGCUCGAUGGCCUCAACAUCCCAUUCUACAAGCAUCUGCCGGUCGACUUCACCGAGCACUACGAGGAAGAAUUUGGCUCUUUCACCCACGAGUCCAAGCCGGUUCCCGACUCGCUCUGCCAGGAGAUGAAGUUCCCCUGGUCUGCGAUGCAGGCGAAGCUCGACGGCCCCGGCGGUACCUACGCGUUUGCCGAAUACUUGCUGCCAGAUGGGAAGCCCGUCAACACCAUCAUUGGCGCGUUCGCGGAGAGGAUCGCGGCCGGCGCCCACGGUCCGGCCAGGCAGGAAACCCCGAGCAAUGUCUUCCAGGUGCAUCGUGGUCGUGGCUGGACCGAAGUCACCGGACCCAAGGGCGAGAGCACUCGUCUCGACUGGGGCCCGAAAGACUGCUUUGUCAUUCCGGCAUGGUAUCGAUUCCAGCACUUCGCCGACGCCGAGGAGACGGUCUAUUUGUUUUCUUUCAGCGACAAGUCGAUGCAUGUCAAUCUCGGCUUCUACCGGAGCAAGGAGUAA